AUGGAUGUCCCAGAGCCUGAUCAGUCGCCUUUCACUGCCGUGUCAGUGCACACCUCGAAACUGACCAGACAAUACCAAGCUUAUCUCGAUGCGUCUACUCCUUACACCACCUACCGUUGGGUUGGAUCCGCUGUUCUUCUCGUCCUUCUCUUCCUGCGUAUUAUUUUGGCGCAAGGAUGGUACAUCGUGGCCUACACUGUCGGCAUCUACCUCCUGAACUUGUUCCUAGCCUUCCUCACUCCCAAAUUUGACCCAUCUAUGAGCCAGGACGAAGGUCUAGAAGAUGGUGAUGCGGAUUCCAGCCUCCCCACCAAGCAGGACGACGAGUUUAAACCAUUCAUCCGCCGUCUGCCCGAGUUCAAGUUCUGGCACUCUGCCACCCGCGCCAUCUUCAUCGGCUUCGUGUGCUGCUGGCUGCCCUUCUUUGAUAUUCCCGUAUUCUGGCCCGUUCUAGUUGUCUAUUGGAUCAUUUUGUUUGUCUUGACAAUGCGACGACAAAUCCAGCAUAUGAUCAAGUACCGCUAUGUUCCCUUCUCCUUUGGAAAGACACGUUACGGCCGCUCAUGA